AAAAUCAAACUCAUGUCACUCAGUUUAUCCUUCUGGGAUUCCGAGAGCUGAAGAAUCUGCAGGUCCUUCUGUUUCUGGGGUUCCUUGCAAUCUACAUUGUCACCAUGGCAGGGAAUCUUCUCAUUCUUGUGCUUGUAGUCAGUGAUCAACACCUUCACACCCCCAUGUACUUUUUCCUUGGAAACCUAUCUUGUUUAGAGAUCUGCUACAGCUCAACACUCAUACCUGUAUUGCUUACCACUCUCUUGUGGGAUGGAAAGGUCAUUUCAUUUGAGAGCUGCUUCCUGCAGUUAUUUUUCUUUGGCUACUGUUUGGGUGCAGAAUGUUACUUGCUUUCUGUGAUGUCCUAUGACAGGUAUUUAGCAAUAUGUAAGCCACUGCAUUAUGCAACCGCUAUGAACACCAGGAAGUGUGUCCAAUUAGCAGCCGUGUCCUGGACAAAUGGUGUCAUAGGCAUUUCCAUAAUCAUGGCUGCUAUGCUGCAGCUUACAUACUGUGGCCCCAAUGAAAUCGAUCAUUACUUCUGUGAUUCCGUGCCACUUAAAAAACUUUCAUGCAGUGACACAAAUUUGGUAGAGCAUGUCAAUUUAACUUUGCUGUUUAUAUACACUAUGCCCCCAUUUCUACUGACUCUAGCAUCCUACAUAUACAUUAUAAGGGCAAUCUUAAGAAUCUCAUCGACCACUGGAAGGCAAAAGGCCUUCUCCACAUGUUCCUCUCACCUCAUUGUUGUUUCAACUUACUAUGGCUCUUUAACAGCUGUGUAUCUCUUACCAAAGUCCUCUUCAAUUAACAAGGCCUUUUCUCUUUUGUAUACAAUUCUUCCUCCUCUAGUAAACCCCCUCAUAUAUAGCCUGAGGAAUAAAGAGGUGAAGAGGGCCUUCAGAAAGGCAAAAAAUAGGAUAGCAAAUUUCAAAAUAUUUCAAAAU